AUGAAUAAUGAAAAUAAUGCAAACAAGCAAGAUGUACCUGAAGUAGAUAACAAGGAAGCAGACUCGCAGAAAGAGGCAGAAAGCACCGAUGCCCCAACGGCUGUUUCGAAAGAAUGCGAUUCGAAAAAUGUACAUUACGAAGGAGAUGUAGCUGUUUAUACAGACACCGAAAGCGGUGCCCAAUUCACCUGGGAUAAGGAAAAAAAUGAAUGGGUUUUAAGGAAUGUCGAGUACGGAUUCGAAGAUGAUACACACGUUUACACCGAUUCCGAAGGAGUAAAAUACUUUUGGGAUAAGGAAAAGAACGCUUGGUUUCCAAAAGUGGACGACGACUUUAUGGCUAGGUAUCAAAUGAACUACGGAUUUGUAGACAACACGAAUGUUGAAGUCAAAAACAACGACCCGCCCCCUAAACUUCAAGAAAAAGCAAAGAAGAACAAAGGAGAGAAGAGGAAAGCAUCGGCGCCUACUUGGUUCGAAGUGGACGAAACGCAAAACACCAACGUUUACGUAUCGAAUCUACCAACGGAUAUCGAAGAAGAGGAAUUCAUAGAUUUAAUGCAGAAAUGCGGUUUGGUGAUGAGAGACGCGCAGUCGGGGAAAUUUAAAAUCAAACUCUACAAAGAACCAGGCACGGAUUACCUAAAGGGCGACGCUUUAUGCACUUACAUAAAAGUAGAAUCGGUCGAGUUGGCUUUGAAUAUAUUAGACGGCUUCAAUUACAAAGGGCGCAAAAUCGGCGUGGAGAAAGCGAAAUUCCAGAUGAAAGGCGACUUCGAUCCCAAUCUCAAACCGAAAAUGAAGAAGAAAAAGGACAAGCUCAAAAUCAAAAAGCAACAAGAGAAGCUGUUCGAUUGGAGGCCGGAAAAACCCGUCGGGGAACGAGCCAAGCACGAAAGAGUAGUCAUAAUUAAAAAUCUCUUCGAACCGCAGAUAUUCGAUACAGACGUGGGACUCAUCUUGGAGUUCCAGCAGGACUUGAGGGAGGAGUGCUCCAAGUUGGGAGAAGUCAAGAAAGUGCAAAUUUACGAUCGCCAUCCGGAAGGGGUAGCUCAGAUAAACAUGAGUUGUCCCGAGGAAGCCGAACAAGUGGUCACCGUGCUGAACGGGAGGUGGUUCAUGAAGAGGCAACUUACAGCUGAGAUAUGGGACGGUAAAACCAAGUUCAAAAUAGCCGAAACGGACUCGGAGUUAACUCAGAGACUCGACAAUUGGGAUAAAUUUUUGGAAACCGACGAGAAGGAUAAAAACGAUGCAAAACCGAUAGCUGAAACAAAAGUUAGUUCAUUAGAUGAAGAUGAGAAGGAUAGAAAUGAUGUAAAACUAAAUGCUGAAAAUAAAGUUAGUUUAUAA